UCAUUCAUGGUUCAUCGUAUGACACGUUGGGACCGGGCCCCGAGUCAUUCAAAGCGCAGAUAUGGCUUUGCUGCGAAGGCUGGGCUUGGAGCUUGAAGCUCGGAGGUCUGGGUUGGAUUGCAUGUCCUGAGGCCCUAAGCCCCGUCGCUUCGUUCGUCGCUUCUGGCGGUUCUGGCGAUUCUGGCCAUUCUGGUACUGCGCUCUCCGCAUCGUGGCUUCUUUGCUAAGCUUGCACCAUGAAGAGAAUCAGGCUGGCUCUCGCCCGGAUGACGCGGGCUCGUAAGCCUGCCUCGUUGGAACCGGGACCGGCUAAGACGAUCGAGUCGAGUUUCGUUACUUCUUCAACCACCUUGACCCCAUCAACGAGGCGCAACUCGUGGGACGACGAUGUCGGUGGGCCGCUCGUCUUGUACGACGGUACUGCUCGGGGAGACGAGGACCACAGUUUUGACAUCGUCUUCGUCCACGGCGUCGGCGGACACCGAAUUCGUACGUGGGAGAAGGACGGCGUGUGCUGGCCUCGGGAUCUUCUGAGUCGGGAACUCGAAGAAGCAAGAAUCAUCACGUGGGGCUACUACCUCCCCGAUGCCAAUGGCGACAAAUCAACCUACGGCUCUAUGGCAGCCCUUAUAAGUGAUGGUCUGAUCGCGGAUCUGGCUAUGGUUUGCGACCAGCCUCGCGAUAUCAUCUUCGUCGGCCAUGGACUGGGCGGACUGGUCAUUAAGGAGGCUCUCAGCACCGCCGCCACCUCUCAGGUGUUCGGCAAACACACCGAGCUGGGCAACAUCUACAACAGGACCAUUGGCGCCAUUUUCCUUGGGACGCCUCACAUCGGUAACCGAAAGCAAUCGCUGGGGGACGUUGUCGCUGCCGCCGCCCAGGUCGAAUAUCAACGCGCGAAUCCUCGGUUGUUCCAGCUGCUCAGAGAUAACAAUGACCUCUUUGAAAAUCAACGCGAGGAAUGGGCAAUGUGCUCCAGGGAUAUGCAGGUAGUGUGUGUCCGGGAGCAGCUUCCGACACCAACAGGAGGGAUGGUGCCCAAAAGCACUAGCCACUACGAGGGCUUGAAUGUCACCACUGAUGAUAUCGUGGCCGACCACAUGGAUAUAGCCAGGUUCUCCAGCAGACGGGAUGCAGGGUAUUUCCAGCUUGUUGGUCACAUCAGCAAGAUUUCGCGAAAUACCAAAUUGGAGCAGUCGGAGGCGAGACUUGUACGCAACCGAGAGAUCCUGGAUACUCUGCAAUUCGAUACCCGAGAGAAGGAAGAACAACACGACGAUGCCUACAGGCAAAGCUGUUCCUGGCUUCUCUCGACCGGUGAAGAUGCGCAAUCCCCGUCGGCAUUCCACGAAUGGCUCGAGGCCCCAGGAUCCUCCCUGUUCUGGAUGAGUGGCCGAGCUGGAUCAGGGAAGACUACCCUGAUGAGGUAUGCAUUCCACGAUCCGCAAACACGUCGGCAUCUUGAAACAUGGGCCAACGGCGCCGAUCUUAUCAUGGCGGCAGUAUGCCUUACCGAAAGUGGUAGCCAUGUGCAGAGAUCACGGGAGGGCAUCCUUCGCGGCAUACUAUUCCAAAUCCUAAGUAUAAGACAGGACUUGAUCCCCAUAUGCUUUCCGAGCUUUAUAAAGGGCCCAUGGCCUCCUCCUGUCCCUUUCAACACGACCCUCAAUCUUUCCCAAGCAUUCUUCCAGCUCUUUUCCCGCAUGUCCAAAACCCUAAGACUGUGCAUAUUCAUCGACGGCUUGAACGAAUAUCGCGUUGCAGAAAACGGCGGGCAUGAUGACACAUCGGAAGCCGAUACUCCAGGCCAAUCCACGGACGGAGAAGGAGGCAAUACGCUUGGUUCCAGAAAGUGGCUAAAAGACUCUCAUCGUGAGAUUGCAAAGCUCAUCACGGAUUUGGGGAGCCAAGACCAUGUCAAGCUUUGCGUCUCGAGCAGAGAGUUACCCCCUUUUGAGACCGAGUUCCGCGGGCUUCCCCGGCUCCGCGUGCAUACCCAAACCGAGAAGUUCAUCGCGAAAUAUUGUGCGGAACGGCUGGAACAAGUGAUCCCCGGGUUGUCUGCUAGCCAAACUGCCCUGUGCAACGAACUGGCGCGCAAGUCUCGCGGUGACGUCAUCUGGGCCCUUAAUGUCAUUAAUAUGCUGCUAGAGGGUUCACUGAAGAAGCUCAACUCAACUCUAGACUCCUUGCCCACACAUCUCGGUGGUACGAACGGACUUUACAUGCGCAUAAUCGAGAAUCUCCAUCGCGACCAGCAACGUCAAGCAUGCAGAAUAUUCCAGAUCGUACUCCAGGCACAGGAUCCGCCUUCGCCGAUCAUGCUUGCCUUCGCCGAAGAAGGAUACCUAGCGCCAGCGCGGGUGAUCGCAAAGAACCCGCAGUUGGGCGAACUGCUAGUCUCGCAUGACAACGUGCGUCCGUACAGCAUUAAGGAGCUUGGACGCAUCCGCGAUCAGAUGGAGAAUCGCCUGGCCGGGAGCUGUGCCGGUCUGUUGGAGAUUGAGGCGGGUCCUACGAGCACAAGUGGACGCGUGGUAUUCAAGCACAUGACGGCCAAGGAGUUCAUCAUCCGGAGAGAAAUUUGGGACAAGGUGAACAUAGAACCACCUAACAAGGUCGAGAUUAACUUUUCCCUCCUCAGCGGGACGAUCCGGCAUCUGAAAUGUUUCACUGCAUUGAAGUCACCCCUGGUGUUGCGGCCCAAGAUCGUGUUCCACCCCGAGUUCUGGCUAGGAGUCGCGAGUGCGCUGAAGUACGCUGCUCGUGUCGAUGAAGAAACGUUCGAUCACACGGCUUACUAUAACCUCCUGGACGAGCUUGACCAGAUCAGCAACGAAAUUUGGAACACUGCUUUGAGGCAGCAUGUGCCACCAGUCGACGACUUUGAAUGGAACCAAAAGACAUACCCGGCCCUCGCCCGCCAGCAUUGGGCGUCGUUUGAACCCAUGGACUUGGGUCCGUCGCCUAAACGCAACGACUUUCUGUGCCUGGCAGUUCAAGCAAACCUCGUCAACUACGUCGCUGCCAAGCUGGGCCAACUGGAAGAUGACGCUAGACGUGCAAAAGCGGAGGAACUUUUGGAAUAUGCAGCCAGCCCCGAGGGCGAUUCGGGAACGGUAAGCGGACCUUCGGUUCCGGCCUGCGUGUCUCUGACAGGCAGUUAUAAGGAUUUCCACCACGACAUGCCGGAUUCAAGAUUUCUCGACCUCCUGUUCGAUUCCGGGGCAAGUACCGCAGCCCCCAAGGGGCAGGGAGCCUGGCUCAAAGUGCUGAAGGCAGGGAACCGGUACUUCUCGCGUCAGAACACCGCGGAAUCGAAUAUGAAAGAUCGCAACUUGGUGCAGAACCGUCAGAGAUGGGUUGCCGCCGUCAUUGCCCUCCUGGCGCACGGCGCAGACCCAAACGUCCAAAUUGAACUGAGCCAGAACGCAAAUGGGGAGGGGUCGACGGAGAUCCGAUCGGCCAUUGAGGUCAUUCGGGACAUACUGGAAGGUGAAAUCGAGUACACCAGAGACCUGGUCCGCAUAGAGGCGUUGGCCAUGGGAGUCAAGGCAGAACAUGUAGGUGCCUAGCGGGUCAAGUAGGAAUAAAAAAUAGGACUUAGGGUUCAUUUUGGUGUGGUUGUUGGACCACAUACCUGAGAUCCGGAAUGCUUACUAGAAGGCAUGACAUUGUAUGAUGAGAAAGGGCUGGAAGAGCUAGAAGAACACAGAGACAAAAGUAAACUGACUCGUGUUGCAGAGAUGAUGCUUGUUUGCGGGAUAGAUGCGGGUGGUAGUACAGUCUGAGCAUCAGAAAUUAAUACCAAGCCAUCUUGGUCAUGCAUAGCAGUGAUUUGGUGAAAGGAUCACUUACCCAAAAUGGCCAGCGGGUUGGCAACGGUGGCAACAUUGGCGUCUUGGUAAUCUCCUCUCUCUAGCAUGGCGAAAUAGAAUCACAGUAGUGUUCCUAUCUGCAACGCCAGUAUGCAAUUCAUGACGGUAUGAUACGUCGAAGGGUAGUCCAUUCCGU